CGACAUCCUCCGACCGCAAAUCGCGUUUUGCAGUUGAGGCGCGAUGGGUUUAAUCGUUUAUACACGCCUAGAACAGUCACGGCCAAGUUGAGAAAAGAAUAUGGUAGGCAUUGAAACUCUUCUAGGAGGUUGGCUACAUAUACGUGCCAUACGAUUGCGUAAUGACGACGGAAGUGUGGAGAGGCUAUCUAGGAAGUAUACAAGUUCUGUUCUUCUUCUUCUUGCUAUACUCGUCUCAUCAAAACAAUAUAUGGGAGAUCCAAUAGACUGCUGGUGUCCAGCUCAAUUUACAUCUAGUCAAACCAGAUAUACGGACACAGUAUGUUGGGUGUCGGAUACUUUUUAUUUACCGAACACUGUUAAUCACGUUCCUACAAUCCUGCCGGAACACCGAAGGAUUAAUUAUUAUCAAUGGGUACCUCUAAUCCUUGCUGCACAGGCUGUUUGCUUUUAUAUGCCAAGUAUUGUCUGGCGUUUUCUACAUCGGCGGUCGGGCGUAAACCUUAGGCAAAUUGUAGACGCCGCCCAGGUGUGUAACGACGUUAGGAAUUCAGCUUGCCGAGAGAAGAGUAUGAAAUUCUUGAUUGCUCAUUUAGAUCAACAACUCAGGCCAGAUUAUUACGCAAGAGCAGCACAUAGUAGCACUGGAGUUUUUAAUAAAUUAAAAAAUUGCUGUACCUUUGACAAACGCUUCUCAGGCUACUUCCUUCCGUUACUUUAUGGUUUUAUACGCCUAUUCUACGCUAUUAACGCCGUAUGUCAGAUAUUCUUUCUCAAUCGGCUAUUGGGCACAGACUUUUAUAAGUUUGGCUAUCAUGCUUGGAGAAGAUAUUUACAUGGUAAUGAAUGGAGUUUAAACGAACGUUUCCCAAAAGUUUCCAUAUGUACUUUUGAGAUGCGUCACCAUGGACGCUUUCACGAUUAUAUCGUUCAAUGCGCAUUACCAAUUAAUUUAUUUAACGAAAAAAUAUUCAUAUUUUUGUGGUUUUGGCUUGUGUUUGUUGCCCUAGUAACUGUUCUAGCUACACUACACUGGUUCGCUGAAUUUACUAUACCGUCCGACGUCUUUUUACAGCGGCAUCUUGCGAGAAUGUUACAAGUUAGAAGGCGUCAUACAACAACAUUACUAAGGCAAUUUAAACGAAACUAUUUAAAACGGGACGGUGAAUUUGUUCUACAGCUAAUAUCGGAUAAUGCAGGAUUUUUGGUUGCAUCGGAGUUACUAUGCGCCUUAUGGACAAUUCAAAUAGGAGAAAAACAAGUAGCGGCACCUAGGAGGCAAUCUUCAACUCAAGAUGCCGAAGUUUGAUUAAAAAAAUAACAAACAAACGCUAAUAAAUUUUAAAUUAUAUCGAUUCUAUUCCAGUUCUUUUGAUUUAAAGAUAUAUAAAUAAUAA